UAUGGAGUGUUGUAUAGAGUGUUGUAUUGAGUGAUGUAUUGAGUGUUUGGUUUGCAUUUAAAGCCAAAAGUUUUGAAGCAUUCAUUCAAUACAUAGACUAUUGUAUUGAAUGAGUCUUUGAACGCCAUUUUUGGCACAAAAACAAUGAAUUGAAUCAAUGAUUGCAACGAUUGUGACAACACUUGUGGCCAAACAUUGCCGAAGUCAUUACCGAAACAUUUAGUGACUUUGUUUUGAUUGCAAUCAGUUGCUGACCACUUGUAUUGUUCAACAUUAACGACAACUUUUGACGAUUCAAACUUAAUGGCGAGUGUAUCGCUACCUACGAGUGCGGCCAAUGUGACCAACGGGUCAUUUGGUGGCCAUUUGAAGAACGGAACCAACACUUCGGUUAACUCGAAUCACGGCUCAGACUUUGAGUUUAUUCCUCCGCCAGAAUGUCCUAUAUUUUAUCCGACAGAAGAAGAGUUUGCAAUGGGACCACUUGAGUACAUCUCGAAGAUUAGGGCCGAAGCUGAACCACACGGCAUCUGUAAAAUCAUACCACCAAAUACAUUUCAGCCGCCAUUUGCUGUGGCCGUCGAAGAGUUCCGGUUUACGCCUCGUAUUCAACGUCUGAAUGAGUUGGAAGCGACCACAAGAAUCAAAUUAAAUUUUAUUGAACAGAUCGUCAAGUUCUGGGAUUUACAGGGCGCCUCCUUUAAGAUCCCAACUCUCGAAAGACGUUCACUUGAUUUAUAUAAUUUACACAAAAUUGUUGCUGAAGAGGGAGGCUUUGAGAUUUGCACUCGAGAUAGAAAGUGGUCGCGAGUGGCCACACGUAUGGGUUACGGAAAUAACUCUUCGAGCAAAGGAACCAUUGCUUCUCUAUUAAGACAACAUUACGAGAGAAUUCUUUUCCCUUACGAUGUAUUUCAAAGCGGAGCAACUAUUGGACCCGAUAUCGAAGAAAAAUGUGAUUCAAAAUUAUCUGAUGAGGAAAAAGAAGAAGACAAGAAUAAGAACCCAAAAUCAAGCGAUAAGGAAGCGACGACUCCUGAGAAACGAAUAUUGAGGAGACAAUCGAUGUCACCAUCAAAUCAAAAUCCAUUACUGGUUUCACCAAAUUCUCAAAAUAAAGAGUUACGAAAAUUGCAAGUUUAUGGCGCCGGACCUAAAAUGCCCGGAUAUGUCUCCGAACAAACAGAUCAAUCAGUUAAGGUCUGUUCAGAGACCUAUAAUGAUUGUACUGAAGAAUUGAAUUCAAAAACUUGUUUACCACAGGUUUGUCUGCAUUGCGGGGAAACAAAUCCUCAACCAAUGCUCUUAACUUGUGAUAACUGUUCCAACACUUAUCACACUCAUUGUCUUAUUCCUCCACUUAAUGAUUGGCCUAAAGGUGUUUGGCAUUGCCAUCGAUGUCUUGCUUUAUUGGUUCAGUCAUAUCCUCAGCCUUAUACUCAAGAGUUUGGUUUUGUUCAGUCACAGAAAAGUUAUACUUUAUCUGAAUUUGGAGAAAUGGCCGAUCAAUUUAAAGCCGAUUAUUUCAAUUGUCCGCCACAUUCAGUAACUCAUUCAUUGGCUGAAAAAGAGUUUUGGCGUUUAGUUUCUGCUAUAGAAGAAUCGGUUACUGUUGAAUAUGGCGCUGAUUUACAUACCAAUGAUUAUGGCAGUGGUUUUCCCACAAAAACAACUAAAAAUCUGUUGCCUUCGGAUAUGGAAUAUAUAAAUCAUUUAUGGAAUUUAAAUAACAUACCAGUGCUUGAAGGAAGUGUGUUUCGUCACAUAAAUGCUAAUAUUAGUGGAAUGAUAGUUCCGUGGAUGUAUGUGGGGAUGUGUUUCGCCACAUUUUGUUGGCAUAAUGAAGACCAUUGGACUUAUUCUAUUAAUUAUUUACAUUGGGGUGAACCUAAAACAUGGUAUGGAGUUCCGGGUGAACACGCAGAGACAUUUGAAAGAGCUAUGAAAAGAGCUGCACCCGAACUGUUCAAAUCACAGCCCGAUCUUCUCCAUCAAUUGGUUACUAUUUGUAAUCCCAAUAUUCUAAUGCAAGACGGCGUUCCCGUCUACAGGUGUAACCAACAAGCGGGUGAAUUUGUGGUAACAUUUCCGCGAUCAUAUCACACAGGUUUCAAUCAGGGUCUUAAUUUUGCCGAAGCUGUUAAUUUUGCACCAUCUGAUUGGUUACCAAUAGGACGCGUUUGUAUCACUCAUUACGCUAUGCUUCAUAGGUUUCCAGUGUUUAGUCACGACGAACUGAUUUGCAAAAUGGCUAACGAUCCCAAUCAUCUGGAGAUCACAUUAGCAGUUGAGACAUAUAAAGAUAUGCUUCGUAUGGUUGAAAGCGAGAAGUCCUCCCGAUUGGGACUUCUCGAAUGGGGUGUCACUCAGGCUGAACGCGAAGCCUUUGAAUUACUGGCAGAUGAUGAACGACAAUGUGAUUACUGUAAAACCACUUGUUUUCUAUCAGCUCUUACUUGUAGUUGUACUCAAUCUAAAAUCGUGUGUCUGACGCAUAAAGAUAACCUCUGUAAGACAUGUCUACCAUCACAGCAUACUCUUCGUUAUAGAUAUACAUUGGAUGAGUUGCCUAUAAUGUUACACCAUUUGAGGAAAAGGGCCGAAAAAUUUGAUGACUGGGCUUCAAAUGUCCAAACAUUACUUAAAAAGAUUGACACAAAUACUGACUUAAAUGAUUGUAAUGAACCAAAAGUUAGUCCAACGCUUAAAGAGUUAAAAUCAUCACUAAAUGAUGCGGUGGUUAAUAAAUAUCCGACAAAUUCAGAGAUUUAUGAACAUUUGAAUUCUAUUGUAUCGGAAGCGUCCAAAUGUUCGCGAGCGGCCAAAGAUCUUCUUAAACAACAGGAGACUCUUCGAAAACAACAACUGAAUGUUGGUUCACAACAUCAGACAUCACCUGUAAAAAGAACACUUCGAUCAACAGCUGGACGUAAUGCCAACGCCGGACUCAAAGAUAAUGUUAAUAUAAAACUUACGUUAGAAGAGAUCAGUUUAUUCUAUGAUGAAGUCGAAGAACUUCAGUGCGAAAUACCGGAGAAACAGGCAUUAAAACAAUUGCUCGAUCGCUGCAAUUCAAUCGCCGCAUCCAUUAUGAGUGUCUUAAAUACGAAUAACACCAAAGAUAUCAACGAAUCACUCAAAUCAUCUGAUUUAGAGGCCGUCCUAUUUGAUGCCCAAUCUAUAGUCGUCGUUGACUUUGGGCCACAACUGGAGGCCUUUCGACAUAAACUUGAAGAGAUCCGUUGGUUAGAGGAAUGUGACGCUAUUCUCAUUACUAAAGAAGAUGUUAAGCCAGGAAAUCAAAAGAAAUACGAAAUAUCAACUGUUAAGACAUUGAUUGAAAAUACUUUAAAAUUAGCGGUAAAUACUGAUGUUAUUAAUUCAAAGUUAAAUGAAUUGCAACAAAUUGUCGACGAAUCCAAUAAAUGGAUGGAAAGAGCGGCCAAUUGUUUUGUUAAGACUGAGUCUGAAAGUGAGACAAAUAGUGGCAAACCAUUACUUUCUUUACUCGAAUCACUAAUAGAUGAAAGUGAAAAUAAUGUUUAUCUUAAACAACUUGUUUUAUCGCCACAAAUCGAUAAUAUUCGCGUAACAGUGCAAAAGGCUCGCAAUUGGAUCAGUCAAGUGAAUGACAUCUUUGGAAACGAUUACCAAAAACAUAGUUCUAAAGGCACAUCAAAUACAGUCAACUCGGGGGACGCGCCUAUGAUUGAAGCUAUAGAAGAGUUAGUUGUGGCUGCAAAUGGUAUCGAUUGUCAAUUAACUCAUUUAGCAAACUUGGAUUCAACUAUAACAGCUUCCCGACAAUGGAAGGACCGACUCAACAGAGCCUUCACUAAAAAGAAUUCAUUAUACACUAUAAUUCAAAUACUUAGUCCUCGUAUCGCAUCCAUGGGUCAGACAUCUGACUGUUCAUUCACUUCUCGGACAUUAUUUCAUUAUUUAAAGCGACUUUCAUCACAGACACAAAAUCAAUCAAAAUUAGGCAAAAGUCCGAAUUUGCGAACUCAACCAAAAAGUUUGUUUGAAACCCAAUUAGGCGGCGAAAACUCGCGGACACACAUCGCAGCCCUCUAUAAGUUGUUUGAAGAACAGGAAUUAAAUCACUUGAGAUCAUUAAGAAAACGAAAUUCAACUAAAAGACUAUAUUUGGAGAGAAAGGCCAUCGAUUUGGUCGAUGAUACUAAUGAUACGGAUGAAGAACAAAAAAGACAAGCUUUAAAGUUCUGUAUUUGUGGUAAAGAAGAAGAUGAAUGGAUGGUUGAGUGUCAGCUUUGUUUUGAUUGGUUUCAUAAUAAGUGUAUUCAAAACUCUCAAUCACUUUAUAUGCGGAAAAAACAACAAAUAAAUCAACAAAUUUUGCCAAAUGAUUGGCCACAACCUCAACAACAUAUGAUAUGCGAUUUAUGUUCGCGAGGAAAGAGACCUAAAGUAGACAGUAUUGUCAAUCUUUUAUGUUCACUGCAGAAACUUCCCGUAAGACUUCUUGAGGGCGAACUUCUUCAAUGUUUAGCUGAAAGAGCCAUCAAAUGGCAAAACAAACUGCAAUCGGUCCGUAAUUCACAUUCCGAUUUAGAUGCGGCCUAUAAACGGAUCGAAAAAUUACAAUCAGAUAGUAAUCGGGAAUCACAACAAACUGAUAAAACUGACGAUUUGGCCACUGAAGAAGCAACUGCUCAGGCAUUACUUGCUUUACAGAGAUCUCAGCCAACUGUUAAUCUCGAAAUACAAUCGCCUAACACUUCGACUAUUGCGUCAAACGAUUCAAUUAUAUCAUCUCAAGAAUUGUCUCCAUUGAAAAACAAACGCAAAUCACCACUUGUUUUAAGAGCUGAAGCUGUCGCUCAACCUAUCAUUGAAUUGAGUGCCCAAUCAUUGGAAGUGUUGUCAGAAUUGUUAUUUGAAGUAAACUGUUUGGAAGUCAGUUUAGAAGAGACAUCAAACCUGUGGCUCAUUUGGCAUAUGUCUCAACCAAAUUAUCGAACAGUUUUAAGAAAUUUAGACUCAAAUGAUAAUAAUAUUGAAGAGAAUAAACGAAAAUCAGUUUCAGAAUCAAUUGAUAGCGAAACUCAAAACAAAAAGAAAAAACAAAUGAUAUCUAAAGAUAAAAACAUAAAAAAUAUUCGUAAAAAUGGCAAAAAAGGCAAAUCUGAUGACAGCGACGAACUCUGCGAAAUGAAAGACAAAUGUCUUAAACCAAAUGUGGCUCAGGUAGAUUGGGUUCAAUGUGAAGGUCAAUGCCAAGGAUGGUAUCAUCAGUUAUGUAUUGGUAUCGAAAGUCCGGACCAAAUCGAGGCUUUGGAAAAAUUCUUUUGUAUUAAUUGCAAACCAACCGAUUAAGAGAUAGCUUUUAAAUUGUUUACUUUUAUUAUAGAUUUAAUGAU